UUCAGAAGCCACCUGCCAGGCACUGGAGCCAAAAUGAAGACUCCAGCCCCUGUCCACGCCUGGGACAUCGUGCUGGUCCUGCUCUCGCUACUACUGGCCAUCCUCCAGACUACCACAGCCCAAAAGAAUGGCAUCAACAUCUACAGCCUCACUGUGGACUCCAAGGUCUCAUCCCGAUUUGCCCACACAGUUGUCACCAGCCGGGUGGUCAACAGGGCCGAUACUGUGCAGGAGGCCACCUUCCAGAUGGAGCUGCCCAAGAAAGCCUUCAUCACCAACUUCUCCAUGAUCAUCGAUGGUGUGACCUACCCAGGGAACAUCAAGGAGAAGUCUGUAGCCCAGAAGAAGUACAGCGCUGCCGUGUCCAGAGGAGAGAGCGCCGGCCUCGUCCAGGCCACUGGAAGAAAGAUAGAGAAGUUCCAGGUGUCGGUCAGUGUUGCUCCCGCUGCCAAGGUCACUUUCGAGCUGGUGUACGAGGAGCUGCUGUCACGGCGUCUAGGAGCAUACGAGCUGCUACUGCAAAUUCAUCCUCAGCAGCUGGUCAAGCACCUGCAGAUGGACGUUCAUAUCUUCGAGCCUCAAGGCAUCAGCUUUCUGGAGACAGAGAGCACCUUCAUGACCAAUGAACUGGCAAAGGCCCUCACCACCUUCCAGAACCAGACCAAGGCUCACAUCCAAUUCAAGCCGACGCUCUCUCAGCAGCAAAUAUCUCCAGAGCAACAGGACACAGUCCUGAAUGGCAACUUCAUCGUCCGCUAUGAUGUCAAUCGGACCUCCUCUGGGGGUUCCAUUCAGAUCGAGAAUGGCUACUUUGUGCACUACUUUGCCCCUGAGGGCCUGUCCACGCUAUCUAAGAACGUGAUCUUUGUCAUUGACAAGAGUGGCUCCAUGAGCGGCAGGAAAAUACACCAGACUCAGGAAGCCCUACUUAAGAUCCUGGAUGACCUCCGCCCCUACGACCAGUUCAACCUCAUCAGCUUCAGUGGGGAAGCAACCCAGUGGAAGCCACAGCUGGUGCCAGCCUCAGCUGAGAAUGUGAAGGAGGCCAAGAGCUACGUUGCCGGCAUCCAGGCCCAGGGAGGGACCAAUAUAAACGAUGCGAUGCUGAUGGCCGUGCAGCUGCUGGAAAGAGCCAACCGAGAGGAGCUGCUGCCUGCAAGGAGCGUCACCCUCAUCGUCCUCCUCACUGACGGUGACCCCACUGUGGGGGAGACCAACCCCUCAAGGAUCCAGAAGAAUGUGCAGGAAGCCAUCGAUGGUCAGUACAGCCUCUUCUGCCUGGGCUUUGGCUUCGACGUCAGCUACGCCUUCCUGGAGAAGCUGGCACUGGACAAUGGCGGCCUGGCCCGGCGCAUCUAUGAAGACUCCGACUCCGCCCUGCAGCUCCAGGACUUCUACCAGGAGGUGGCCAACCCACUGCUGACGUCAGUGGCCUUCGAGUAUCCAAGCAACGCUGUGGAGGCCGUCACACAGGACCACUUCCGGUUGUUCUUCAAAGGCUCCGAGUUGGUGGUGGCUGGGAAGCUCCGGGACCAGAGCCCUGAUGUACUCUCCGCCAGAGUCAGGGGGCAGCUGAACCUGGAGGACAUCACCUUCGUAACAGAGUCCAGUGUGGCAGAGCAGGAGGAGGCGUUCCGGAGCCCCAAGUACAUCUUCCACAGCUUCAUGGAGAGACUCUGGGCGUACCUGACCAUCCAGCAACUGCUUGAGCAAAUGGUCUCGACGAAGUCAGAUGCUGAGAAGCAGGCCCUUGAGGCCCGAGCUCUGAGCUUGUCACUCAACUAUAGCUUUGUCACCCCCCUCACAUCCAUGGUGAUCACCAAACCCGAAGGCCAAGAACAGUCUGAAGUUGCUGAGAAGCCUGUGGAAAAUGAAAGCAGACGCAGGAACGUCUACUCAGGUCCUGCUCUCUUUGGAUCUCAUUCCAUGAGAGACAGAAUGUCCAGAAUAACAGGAGACAGCGGUGCAGACCCUGUCCUUUCUAAAAGAAGAGGCUGGAGAGGACAAGCCGGAGUUUUCGGGCAGGGACCCGGCUUCCCAAUGAGAUUCAGACAACGUGGACCUCCUGGACCUAUUCAUCCUCCUUAUCUUCCUGAUCCAUCCCACCACACGACCUGGGGAGCAGUGCUACCAGACAUUGCAUUAGCUUCAGUGUCAUCAGCUACCUCAGCUCCUGACCAAGCAUCUCGUGACCUGGAUAUAAGAAUCAAAGAAACAACCACGACAGCCCCACCCCCAGCCCCCAUCCAGGCUCCUUCCGUCAUCCUGCCUCUGCCUGGCCAGAGCGAGAACCGGCUCUGUGUGGACCUCAAGCACUCUCAGGGUCUUCUGAACCUGCUCUCAGACCCUGGCCAAGGUGUUGAGGUGACUGGCCACUAUGAGAUGGGGAAGGCCAAGUUCAUGUGGAUUGACGUGACCUUCAAGAACCCCCAGCUGCAGGUUCGUGCAUCCCCUGAGCACGUGGUAGUGACUCGGAACCGGAGAAGCUCUGCGUACAAGUGGAAGGAAACUCUGUACUCGGUGAUGUCCGGCCUCAAGAUGACCAUGGACAAGGCAGGGCUCCUGCUGCUCAGCAGCCCAGACAGGGUGACCUUCGGCCUGCUGUCCUGGGACGGCCCUGGGGAGGGGCUCCGACUCCUUCUACGGGAUGCUGACCGCUUCUCCAGCCGUGUCAAUGGAACCCUUGGCCAGUUUUACCAGGACGUGUUCUGGGGGCCCCCAGCAGCAGCAGAUGACAGCAAGCGAACCCUGAGGGUUCAGGGGCGUGACCACUCUGCUACCAGAGAGCUCAAGCUGGAUUACCAAGAGGCGCCCCCGGGAAAAGAGAUUUUCUGCUGGUCUGUGGAGCUGUAGUCCUGAUGGGAGGAGUAAUGCCCAUCCCCCAUGCCGCCCCCCUCUAUGCAGAUGGCUGCCACCCUGCAACUACAAGGCCACCUGUGGGGCCAGAAACAUCAUGGGGAGAGGUACUUGCACUCAUUAAAAUAAAGAGAGGUGGUAUGAGCCCAGGGA